CUUCCUGCGGGCGAGCUGCUGGCGGGGCAGCGGGGGACUCCAGCGCACCGCUUUAGGGGCAGCCCCGGGAGCUGCUGUGCGGCGGGGAGCGGCCUCCGCCGCCAGCAUCCGCGCGGCCCGAAGCCGCCCCGCUCCCGCCGCAUCCCAUCCGCAGCGGAAGCCGCGCCCCCGCCGCCGGGCCCGGCCCCCGCCGCCGCCGAGCCUCGAUUGGCGCCGGCGGCCCCGGCUCCCCCCGCGCCCCGCGCCCGGCCCGCCGCAGCCAUGAACCCGCUCUUCGGCCCAAACCUCUUCUUACUGCCGCAGGAGCAGCAGGGGCUGCCCGGCGCCGAGCCGCCCGCCCCGCGGUCCGCAGAGCCCUUCGCGGCGGAGCGCGGCCCCCCGCCGCCGGCCUCCCCGGCCGCCGCCGGCCCCUUCCCCGCUCCGCCUGCCGCCAUGGCCCUCCGCAACGACUUGGGCUCCAACAUCAGCGUGCUGAAGACGCUGAACCUGCGGUUCCGCUGCUUCCUGGCCAAGGUCCACGAGCUGGAACGGCGCAACCGGCAGCUGGAGAAGCAGCUGCAGCAGGCGCUGGAGGAGGGCGGCCGGGCCCGCGGCCCCCCGCGCCGCGACCAGGCGGUGCAGACGGGCCUGGUGGGGCCCAUCCGCCCGCUGGGGCUGGCGCUGGCCGCCGGCCGCCCCGCCGCGCUCUGCGGGCCCGCCCGCCCGCUGGGCUCCCCGGGCUGCCACCCCGGCGCCCCCGCCCAGCCGCCGCCCUUCGCGGCCAACUCCCGCUUCAUGCCCGGCACCAUCUGGUCCUUCUCGCAGGCCCGCCGGCUGGGCCCGGGGCCGGAGACCACUCUGGUGCAGGGGCCGGGGGUGUCGUGGAUCCACCCGGACGGGGUGGGCGUGCAGAUCGACACCAUCACCCCCGAGAUCCGCGCCCUCUACAACGUGCUGGCCAAGGUGAAGCGGGAGCGCGACGAGUACAAGCGCAGAUGGGAAGAGGAGUACACGGUUCGUGUCCAGCUUCAAGACCGAGUCACAGAGCUGCAGGAGGAAGCCCAGGAGGCUGAAGCAUGCCAGGAGGAACUGGCCAUGAAGGUGGAACAACUCAAGGCAGAGCUUGUUGUCUUCAAGGGACUGAUGAGCAAUAACAUCACAGAGCUGGACACCAAGAUCCAGGAGAAGGCCAUGAAGGUGGACAUGGACAUCUGCCGGCGCAUUGACAUCACUGCCAAGCUGUGCGAUGUGGCGCAGCAGCGGAACUGCGAGGACAUGAUAAAGAUGUUUCAGAAGCAACUGUCUCUGCACUUGUCUCCCGUUAAGGUCCCAGCCUCGAUGGGGCGGAAGCGGGAGCGGAAGCAGGUCAGCGAUGAAGAUACUUCACUGUCAGAGAGCGAUGCCUCCAGAAAGCCUGAUGAGGAAGAAGAGGACGAGACCACAGCCAUGAGUAUCAAUGAGGAAAUGCAGAGGAUGCUAAACCAGCUGAGGGAAUACGAUUUUGAAGAUGACUGUGACAGCCUCACAUGGGAGGAAACGGAAGAGACACUGCUCCUCUGGGAGGACUUCUCUGGAUACGCCAUUGCAGCUGCAGAGGUGCAGGGGGAGCAGCAGGAUGACAGCCUGGAGAAGGUGAUCAAAGACACAGAGUCAUUAUUCAAGAGCCGUGAGAAGGAGUACCAGGAAACCAUCGACCAAAUAGAGCUGGAGCUGGCCACGGCCAAGAAUGAUAUGAACCGGCAUCUGCAUGAGUACAUGGAGAUGUGCAGCAUGAAGCGAGGUCUGGAUGUGCAAAUGGAGACUUGCCGGCGGCUCAUCACCCAGUCUGGAGACAGGAAAUCUCCUGCCUUCACCCCAGCCUCCACCAGCGAGUCAGCCCCCAAUGAGGAGAGUGAGGAGUCGGAUCGUGACCCCCCCAGCGAUGCUUCCAUCAGAUAAUGAGGGGAGGCCCUGUUUCCUCAGCCCCUCACUCCUGGCUGAGAGGUGUCUGAGCUGUGGCUGGGAGAGACUGUCAGGGACGUGGAGCCACUGGUAAACAUUUGUUGCCCAGGCCCACCCCCACCUCAGGGCAUCUGGCAGAUCCCCUGCUAUCAGGUGUCUUGCAAAUGGCUAGGUAAACCUGUCCAGGCUGCUCACCUCCAGCCCCUUCUGUUCCUCUCCCCUGCUUUGGUUUAACUAUGGUUCAGGCAGGAUGGUCCCAAACUUGCCACAGCAGUGUUCUCCAGGGGCUGUUCCUAGGUCCUCCAAACACACCUCCUCCAGACUCUGUCCUGGCAUAUUUGACCUGACCCUGGCCCUCCCUGCGCCGUGCAGAAGCCGAACUCAAGCUGUACCUCCCUGCAAACUGGACCUGACUCUGGUGCCAACUGGACCGAGCCUGGGGCUCUUCCCAUCCUUGCUGCUCUCUGGGCACCGGGGUGGCCCUGGAGCUGCACCAGACCCCACCACUCUGCCCUCCUUUGGAGCAGGGACAGAGUCCCGCUCACCAUGCACUUUGCUUUGCUGCGCGUCAGCAGCACAUUUGUUACGGAGACCAGGAAUCAUUAAAUGGGACAGAUGCCUUUUCUACAGCUCCUACAGGUGUGGGCUCUCACUGGGCUGCAGCAGGUGCUGGGCUAUGCUGCUGAAAGCAGGGCUCCUUUGCCCAUCCCCACACCAGGCCCACUUCAGCAUGGUCUUCCUAGGGUGCUCCAUCCCUCAGAAGGUGCUGGCGGCGUGAUCCCUCUUCUGGCAGCUACAAGCCCUCAAAGGGCUGCAUGUAAUGCUGGUACUGCGUGGGCCAGGCUCCAGGCUAAAAAUAAAUGUGAACCCAAUUGUUUUAUCUGCACUGAUGCUACGGCACUUUCCUCCAGUGUGUCUGCACCCCUUCACUGCAGGCCAGCAUCCUCACUCUGGGUUUCUCCUGCUUUGCAUUUAAAAAUAUCAAAAAAACCCAACUGCACAAAAAUGUUGGUUAACAGGCUGAGAUUAGUUGAUGGGGGAAUGACUGAGCAGUGCUGAGAUAUUGGGACAGUUUCAGUUCCUAGAGGAAACUAAGCUGAACAUGGUUUGUGCCUAGCAGACCUUCUUGUCUAAGAGCUUGGUUUCUGCCAGGUGAGCUUUUUGCCAAGGUGUCUGGAACAUCUCCUUACUCAUCCUCAGUUCUGUAUCCAACCUAGGCAUCACUACAGUAUCCCUGUCCUGCCAUCUCUUGUUGCAUUUACCUGUGUGGGCCUUGCCCUUCCCCCUUGUUAUUGGGACCUUUGGGUCCAGUAGGGUGGGAGAGGUGUCCUGCAGAGAGAUUGUUUUGUAGGGCUGUUUGCAGACCAACAGACCCAGGCUGCACAGCAAAGGCAGGUGAAGCUCCAGAGGAAAAUGCUUCCUGCAGAAGGUCCUGCAGGGAAGGUAAAAGUAGAUCACUGUAGAAGAUUUUUGGAUCGCUUGUAAGAUUAGGAAAGGUAGAUAAAAUGGGGGCUGCGGGAUGCAAGAGUUUACCUUGCUAGAUUGGUUUGUGUAAUUAACUGCUGCUGUGCUACACAAGCAGAGCACCUGCACAUCUGUGUGUUGCAAUGCAGAGGGUCAGCAUUUAAGCAGGGCGAGGUCCUCUGCAUGUACUUGCAAGACACAUUGCAGUGCAUGUUGGUGUUUCAGUGUAGGUGAACUGUCUGGUUAGAUACACCUUUCGUGGUUGUUCUUAUUUCUUUUCCCUUUGAAUUUUGCUUUCUAGAAGAACAAAAAACAGAGCACAUAUUUUCAUCUGAUAUUUUUUUCUUCUGAGUGAUGUUGCCUCACACACAGUAGCUCAGGGAUCACUUUCCUUCCUGCCUGAAGGCUCUUUUGGUUUAUACAAAUCCCCUUUCCCAUAUGUUUCCUUACAGCGUUUUCUACCCUUUCUCUGAAGUGGAGAUCUCUGCCUGGCUGGCGAAAUCUGUCUCUCCCCAUGCAUAAUCCAUGGCAUGCGUAUCUUGGCUUCUGAUCUGUCUGUCCUUAAGAAAACCACAGGACUGUAGAGUAUGUUUGCUGAAAGAUUUCGAGCAUGAAGUGCAGGCGGACCAACAUCUCAGUCUUUAGAAGUCAUUGCUCCGAUGAUCACCUGGCACUGUCAGACACCUGUGUGCCAGGGCACAUGGGAAUCCCAGCCCCACACUAUGGAUCAGAAUUCCUUUUGCUGUGAUGCUGAGAUCUCGUCUACAUGUUUCUGCAAGAUGGUGAAUUGUAUUGGUAGUAGUAGGCUCUGUUCUCCACCAGGAUGAAAGCCCAUGAGAUCUUAAUGGUGGCAUGUGCAAUGCUGAUUCUUUGCCUCAGCCAUUUCUCAGCAUGGGAAUGACCGCCCAAAGCCUCCAGUGGUAGCUGGACCAUCUCCCCUCCGUCAGCCUGUCCCCCAGUGGUGACCGCACAUAUUUGAUACUGGAUGUGAGGAGAUGUGUGCUUCUAUUUAUUUAACUCUACUCUGUGGGCUCUUCUCUUUCUUUGAGGAAUAUUUAACCUGUUUUUCUUUGGCAUGAGCUCUACUGGGAACCAUGGUGUCUAGGAACUGUUCAGCACCAUGUUGAUUCUUGAGGCCCCAACCUUUUCCCUCUUCUAGGACACCUUGUGGCAGCACUGGCUCAGGCAGCAGUAUCAGAAGAAAACGUUUGGUAGAGACUCAAAUCUUGCUGGUUGGUCUUUGUGAAUACCUGUGGUCAUCCCCCAGCGGAUGAUCACAUGUCCCAUUCACCCUCAGACUACAACUCAUUCAAAACCUUGGGUUGGCCUUGUCUGUCUCAAAGUCUUCUUGGUUUCAGGGGCAUCUUGUCAGUGGAUGGGGAGGGGACCUUUUCCUAUCUUGGACCUGGCAGAUAAGUUGAUGAAGUGAAUAUUGGAGGAGCAGGUCAGCUGCUCUUUCCAAUUGACCUGGGAACAUAUUGCUGCUGAGCCUAGUCUGGUCCUUACUGCAUCACAGCAGACCUCGGAAAGCAGGGGACAAAGUCUUGUUGCAGCAUCUGUGCAUUAAUGUGAAUUUUUAUUGCCCAAGUGCAGUCCAAGCAGAUACAGUCCCAUGGCACAAGGUAUUUGGCAGUUCUUCUGUCAGCAUCCAUCUCAGGACCCUGCAGAUGCGACUGCUGUCUAUGUGACUGCCUGUUGAAGGCCAUCAUUUUGGAGUCUCAUCUCUGAACUUACAUCAAGGUCCUCCCUCUGAGUAUGUAGUCAGGCUGGUUCAGCUUCCCUACACUGUAGAACUCAUGUUGAAGCAGCCUAGAAACAUGCUGUGCAAAUGUUGGAGAGGGAGAAGCCACUACUUUGUGUAGCUGAGGACAGGCACAACAUUUUUUAAUCAUCUGUGGGGUUGGCACAAAAGCCCCCCAUUGAUGCAAGGACUGGGACAUAUUCAUUUGUCAGCAUCCUGCCUCCAUCAGGUACCAGGCAACACUGCCAGUCUUUGGGCUGGAGUGAGAGGCAGUUCUCUGCCUUGGCUGCUGUACUGUAUGAGAUCAGCCUCUUGGCAAGGGCCUUCAGCAGAUGAUGCCAGGCGUUUUGCUGUAAGGCUGAAGUGAAUGCCCCCUGCUGAAGGUGUUUCUGAUAUGUGACAUGCAGAGCAGCUUCUCUUCCCCCCUUUCCUAUUUUGUCUGAAAGGUGAAUUCUCAUCGCAAAGAAUCCUGGCUGCCAAGUUGGGCCCACUGAGAGGUCAGGGAGCAUCACCUUCCUUGUGCCUCAUUGCAUGGAUGUGGGAUAUUCUUACAGGUUCUAGUAGGGGUUCAGCCACCCAAGCACUACAUAGCCUGGGUAAUUUUUCCUGAGUUUUCUCCCUCCCUUUGCUUGUUCCUGAGUCCCAUCUGUUUUAGAUCAAUCUCAGAACAGAAAGAGUCUGAUUUUGUCUGUUCAACUGCAGUCCCGCACCUCCCCCCCAGCAUCACUCUGAAGGCUCUUUGUUCCAGCUGCACACAAGCUUUGUGUGAGUUAGCUUUUUGCUACUUCAGGAUUCUUUAGAUGGACCUGAAUGAGAUGCUGACAACCAUCACUGGAGCAGCUUGUGAUUCCCCAGUAACCUGUUCAGAAUUCUGUUUAUCUUCUUUCUAAGCCAGGAGAAUGGGAGCUAUGAAAGCUGUACAGAACCUUACUCUUAUUUCUAGAUUCAAACUAGGAGACUGCCUUUCCUAAGCUUUAUACCUUUGCUACAAAAGCUUGAACACCAGUCUCUUUCUGUGUUUAGACAGUGGUAGGUUAUUUUCUAAGGAGAGAUCUGUGAGCCAGCUCUGCAGAAGAGCAGAGAAUAAAUGGCAGGCCACCUUUAAAUUCCUGCUGAGUCAGCCGGGGUAGAGCUGGACCAAAAGCUGAGACCCCUCCACCGGAGCACUAGCUGUGUCAGUAGCUUUGUGAUUUCCAGCUGCAGGUUCAAGUCACCCUAAGAGCUGGCACAGGUGCUGCAGACUCAUGCUGAGGUCUUCUACAUGAAGAGCUCCACUCCUAUGUGAAGGGAGGUCGGAAUUAACAUAGAAGACAGUGGAGUGCUGGAAAUGCAUCUGUAUGAUGCAUGGAUGGGCUCAUGAAGCCGGCUGGCAAACCUCUACUGGUGGGACCUAAAGCUGGCAAAAAUGGUAAGGCAGCAAGGAGGGCUGAAUGGGCUGGAGGCAGCUGUAGGGAGGUCUGGUCACCAAUGAAAACCUUCUGAAGGAUGUAUGAGACUAUGAUAAAUGUUUCAGAUGUGGAUUUUCUAAAUGACUGAGACAUUUUGUCUCAGAAUGGUAAUAAAGGAGAAAACACUCUAGGUCCUCUGGAAGAGGAGGUAUAGAUUUCAUAGCUUGGAAAGCAGCCAAAAGAGCUGAGAGAAUGCUAAGGUAACGCUAGGAGAGGAGUGUGAGCAACCACUAAAAGUUGCAGUGACCAAACUGAACCAAUGUCACAGCAAAUGAGAAGAGGCAGCAGUUUCAGCUUAUGCAAAAGACCGUACAUCUGGGCAAUGCACAAGAGGAACUGGAAGCUCUCAGGACAAGAAGAAAUGUGCUUAACUGGCAUUUCUGAAGGUCACCAUUGCAUUGCAGAAAUCCCAGCUCACCGCUGUAACCCACUGGUAAAGGAGGAAUAGGAAAGUGAAAUGUGAAUUGGGCUUGCAAGCUGUGCUAAAAAUCACAUUCCCUCUAGAGCUAAUAGCAAAACAGUAUGAUCUGACACACAUAUUCAUUAAGGCAUUGAAGGGUCUUGUAUUUAAUCCUGAAUCAUGGGAGAAAACACAGUGAUUUAUUUCUGAACUACCUCUGCUUCAUGUGAAAAGGAAAGUUAUGUUGUUGUGGGAGACUUUGGCUGGGAUUACUGAGGAAUAUGCUAUACCAUGGGGAGCCUCUCGUUGAGUUACAGACGAUGGCGUGUCCAAGUAAGGCAAGGAUUUUAUAUGGCUUUAUGAUAGAUGAAGAUUAAGUUAGAAUUAGUGGUUGCCUAAAGACAAGGGAUUGACAAACAGAUCAAGCCAUUGCCCAGGACAAAAAUACUGUAAUACAGAAGUGCAUGAUAUUAUAUAGCCUUUUCUUAGGAAUUCCCCUAAGGGGAGUAUUAGGAAAGUUAUUUAAAUGGGAGACCCUUGGAAAGAUGAGAGUUCUUCCAGUUAUCCAAAAAGCAGUGAUUUAGCAUGCAUGAGAAGAUGGCUUCCAGUAAGAUGUUUCCCUGAAUAACUGGCCAUGUGAUAGUAGUACGUCAUAGAAAAAAAGUACUAUUAGAAGCAAUUUUUAGAAGACCUUAAUAAAAAAUACAAUUAACUUUGUAACAGCUGCAGUGACUGUGCGUGAAGGAAGGGGAAUGCAGGGAUGACAAAAUAAUUAAGAUGUAUCAACAAUAGUAAUGUGAGUGGCUGAUGAUCUCAAGAAUAAAUAUCCAUAGGCGGAUCGCUAAGGAGAUUAACAAGUUGUUUUAGCUAUAUCUAAAGGAAAAUCAAUCCUAGCAGUAAUAUGAGCCAUUUACUUGACUGCGAUUAAAAAAUUUUUAAAAACCUUAAAUGAAGGGGGGAAAAAAAGAAGUACUCAUCAGCUGUGUCUGUUCUGUAUUUGGAAAGAGCAGAGUGUAGUCACAGGGGAAUGAUGAAGCACUUUCCAGGCCAUUAGCAAUCACGGAGGAUCCUUGACGGGGCUGUCUCGAGGAGCACUCUCCAUUUCCAAGCAUGGGUGUCCCAGAGUACUCUGCUACUGUGAGCAGCCUGCAGUGCCAGGGGAUGCUCCAGGCAAUGGAAGGAAUGGUCCUGGGAAAAAGUGCAGUGUUCUAGCUGCUUUCUUUUUGCAAAUGUUGUUUUACGAAGCGCCCUGAUCUUGUUGGUGAUGGCUGUUGGCUGCUGAAUCCACAGUUUGCUGAUGUCAAUUAGGUGAGCUGGGAAAAAGUCCUUUAAAAAAGGGUGAACAGGUGAACAAAUGACCCAAGUGAUGAGCCUGGCAACGGUGAUAUGGAAACGGUGGGGGAGGAGAUGGAAAAUCAGGAAAGAGAGGACAGUCUGCACAGACCUGGGGGGACGAGGAACUGACAGCCAAGUCUUACAGCAUUUUUCAUAGGUAGGGAUGAUAGCUGAAGAGUCUAAUAAAGGGUAAAUGCCUGAGUCAAAAUGCUGAGAUGUAUUGAAAUAUAAUUCCAUAAUUUAUUUUUUAAAUUGAGUUAAAGCAUCGGCUUUGUUUAGCCUACGCUAUAAAUCUAAGAGCAAGAAAUAAUUGUGUGCGACCACAUGUGGGACAACAGGAGCUCUGGAAAGUCAGAGCAGCCUCGGUGAGUGCCCAGCCAGACACCGAAGCCAGUGAGAUCUUUACAAGUCUUUAUUUCUGUGUGGCAUUGGUGUCUUUUGUCCCUGUUUGCAUCAGAUUUUGGAGCAGGGGUGAGCAAAAAGUCCUAACUGAUUCCGGGCUGAAGAAAAAUGCUUUGAGAGUAAAAAGUUCAGUCUGUUUUGUUCCUCAGAGCAGGUGAAGGAAAAUUAUUGCUCACAAGGAUGAUGUAGAUGGCUGUUUAAGCAGGCUGAGAAAGGCAUGUGGGGACUAUGAGGAGAUGCAGAGGCUGGAGGCCACAUGCAUUCAGUGGGACAUUUGGGUGUGCUCAGGGUCCAGCAGCAGCACUCAGCCUGGUAACUAAAAUCUGGAGACUGCAGACUGUUUUUGGAAGGUUUGGCCGGUCUGUCUUUUCCAAAUCCAGUUGCUCUUCAACACACAGCUUACCCUUACUGGCAAUCACAUCGAUGAAUUCAUCCAAGGGUGCAAACAGAUCUCGGAGGCAUCAUUUCUUGCCUUGGAAGCAGCUCAGAUCCUCUCCCAGUGACUUGGCGCCAACCAAGUGCCGACUGACUCUUUGUGCUGGCUUUCAGCUGUCUGAUACAGAGAUCAAACUGAUGGUUAUUGCUGGUUUCUGAACUCCUUGGAGAUCCUUUCUAAAAUCUACAUCACAUCUGUAAAUCCCUACUCCUUGGUGUCGAGGGUGACGUGUGAUGAAUUACAGGCGUCAUUAACUCUUCAUCCAUUCUGUGUCCAAGACCAUCUGAGACUGACACAUGGCACUGAGAGACUGCUGCUCCUCAUGGCAUUGACGUGUCUGCAAGUCCCAACAUUCAGUCUGCAAUGGUGUCUUUGCCUCACCUCUGCUGGGAAAAAAAUCUCCUACCUACUGCUGACAGAAGCAUUGCUUUUACUUUUCUACUGUGGCCUUCUUCAUCUGAUCCCACCCUGUCUGAGAUGCAUUUGAAAAAGAUUUUAAUAAUACCUUUUCUUUUGUCAUACUCUGUCCUAAAAACCUGCCUUCUUAGGCUCUUUUAAAUUUAAUUUGCUACUGUUUAUGAAUUCUUCUAUUUUCAUUUGACUACAGCUACUGCUUUUUGAAGGCUGUCUAUUCAAGUCUUACGCAGUAAAGUAUAACGCAUUACUUAUUGUUUCUUCUAGGAGAUGUACAUAUAAUUGAAAAUAAUUUCCUCAAGAAGAUGACACUGCUAUAGUAAGAUAAGACACGGAGGUAAGUUAGCUGUCCUGCAGUAAGAGGUUAUAUUCAGCUCACAGAGCAAGCAACAAACUAUUUGUUUCUGUGGUAUAUAUGCGGCAAGACUGCCAAAAUGUGGGCAGGUUGGUUCUGCCAAAACGUCUGCUUUUGUGAGUGGCCAUGUGUGCAGUGCUGUUUGCAUACUGUGACUUUGGGUCGUGAAGCUGUGCUUUGUGAAAGGCAUCUGUUACAAUGAGUUUGGAACACUGUCAUUGGAGGUGUUUGUCUUGUACAAAUGUCCAAUACAUGCCUCGCAGUCUUUUCUCUCCGA